GUUUUUUCCUUAAAACAUUUUAUCACUUCUAAAUCAUGACUCCACUCUUCAUUUUUGUAGCCAUCUGUGUGUUCAGAUCUGUAGAGUCUACUCCUCUGUUGAACUCGGCUUUAGCUGCAGAAGAUACGCUAUUCAACACUAUUGAUGACCCUCCAGUCCUACCUACUCUUUUUCAGACGAAGAGUUAUUCAAGGAGUUAAUUAAAGUCAUGUCAUAUAAUGGAACACUUUUACAAGCAAACAGCUCCUCCUCCUCGACCAUCUUACAACGACAGGUAUUUAAUGAGAAUGACGAAGACGUUAAAUGCCAUGAACACGAUCAUCUCCACCCGCCGCAAAACCGAGAAACAGUCAGAUACAAUUCCUACGGUUCGACUUGCCAAGGUAACAUUCGAGUAAUUACCUGUCGUCCUUAUGAUCCGCCAUGGGCGAUGUUCUUGCCCACUAUGCGUUCACAAAUCGGUUGCGACAAAAAUUACGUCUGUCGUCAAAAUGGCGUUCGGAGAACUCGAUUUGGUACCGCCAUGAGGCCAACAACAUCAUGCGUCCAAAAUCCCUCCCUGAAGGUAUGGGUAGUUGGUGGAAGAGAAAUAGGAGAGAAAUGCUGCAGUAAAUUUACCCUACAGCCAGCAGGGACUGGGAGGACUGUUAGAUUUCACGAGUGGGCAUUUAACGCUGUGACUGGGCUUUAUAAACAAGUUAAGUGGAUGUAUGUGAAAGUCAAUGGGGCAUACUAUAAGUCUGCGCAGACGAUCUCAGACUGGACCAUUGAAGUCCCUGGGAUUAAAGGUACAGAUAAUCUUGAGCUCUGUGCGUUUCCACUUACUGGGGAUGAGUUGAAAGUUGCGGCUCAAUUUACUGUUCUUUGAGAUAGUAGGGUUAGGAGUACAAGUAGAUUGAUAUCUAGAUGUAGUACUACAGACUAGCCUAGGUUCUUAAAGGUCUUACUACU